AUGUCUAAAGGCACAGUGGUGCUGUCCUACAGCGGUGGACUGGACACGUCCUGCAUUCUGGUGUGGCUGAAGGAACAGUGCUAUGAUGUUAUUGCGUUCAUGGCCAACAUUGGGCAAAAUGAAGAUUUUGAAGCUGCUCGGAAUAAAGCAGAAAGCCUUGGUGCAAAGAAGGUUUUCAUUGAGGACUUGCGUACAGAGUUUGUGGAGGACUUCAUCUGGCCCGCAAUUCAGGCCAAUGCUGUGUACGAGGACCGAUACCUGCUGGGCACUGCACUAGCACGGCCCUGCAUCGCCCGUCGUCAGGUUGAGAUUGCAAGAAGGGAGGGUGCGCAUUUUGUCUCCCAUGGUGCCACAGGAAAGGGUAAUGACCAGAUACGAUUUGAGCUCACAUGCUACACCCUCUACCCCGAGGUUAAGAUCAUUGCACCGUGGAGGAUCCCUGAGUUCUACAACCGCUUCCGAGGGAGAACAGACCUGAUGGAGUACGCACAGAAAAAUGGCAUCCCUGUGCCCGUUACUCCUCAGGCACCGUGGAGCAUGGAUGCUAACCUCAUGCAUAUAAGCUAUGAGUCUGGCAUCCUUGAAAAUCCCAAGAUCCAUGCUCCGGCUGACCUGUACCUGAUGACCAAGAACCCGGAAGAUUCUCCCAGCAUCCCCGAUGUACUGGAAAUAGAGUUCAAAAAUGGAAUGCCUGUCAAGGUGACCAACGUGAAGGAAGGCACAUCCAAGGACUCACCACUGGACAUUUUCUCAUACCUCAAUGAGAUUGGAGGAAAGCAUGGCAUAGGCCGGAUUGACAUUGUAGAGAAUCGUUUUAUUGGGAUGAAGUCCCGAGGGAUUUAUGAAACCCCAGGAGGCACCAUCUUAAUAAAUGCCCAUUUAGACAUUGAGACCUUUACCAUGGACAAAGAGGUACGACGGAUCAAACAGGGACUGGGUGUCAAGUUCUCUGAACUGGUCUACAACGGUUUCUGGUACAGUCCCGAGUGUGAUUUUGUGCGACACUGCAUUGCCAAGUCCCAAGAGAAUGUGGAGGGCAAAGUACAGCUGUCCCUCUUCAAGGGUCAGAUCUACAUCCUGGGACGAGAGUCGGCCAAGUCUCUUUACAAUGAAGAGCUGGUCAGCAUGGACAUUCAGGGAGACUAUGACCCAUGCGAUGCCUCUGGAUUCAUCAGGAUUAAUGCUGUCAGGUUAAGGGAACACCAUCGUUUGCAGGGUUUCUCUAGCACCAAGCAGUAACUGCUGCAAUCUCAUGAACCACUCCAUCUUGUCUAAAGCGUUAGUAGAUUUAGACCUUACACUUCCAUUGUCUAUCUUUUGUCUUAUUUUCUAGUGUUAGUUACUUUAGCAUCAGGAUAUCUUACACACUAGUAACCACCCCAGAAUUUUACUGGAUACACAUGAAGUGAUGAGGAGCAAAA